AUGGCUACCAAUGGCGAGAUUGAGGACUCGGUCAAUGUGCCGGCCCAGACCUUCGAUACCAUCCUGGUCCUUGACUUUGGGUCACAAUACUCCCACCUUAUAACACGGCGUCUGCGUGAACUAAAUGUCUACUCGGAGAUGUUGCCAUGUACGCAGAAAGUUGCGGACUUGCAUUUUCACCCCAAGGGUAUCAUCCUCUCAGGUAGCCCAUACUCAGUCUACGAAGACGGCGCGCCUCACGUCGAUCCCGCGGUCUUUGAUCUCGAUGUCCCAAUUCUGGGAAUCUGCUAUGGCUUACAAGAGCUGGCCUGGCAUUUCGGCAAGAAUGUCGCAGCAGGCGACAAGAAGGAGUACGGACAUGCAUACCUGAAGAUUGAAAGACACACGGGCAAGGAAGAGCAUAUCGACCGUCUCUUUGAAGGCAUUGAGGACGAUAUUGAAGUAUGGAUGAGCCACGGCGACAAGCUAUCAAAGCUGCCAGAGGGCUUCCGUCCCAUUGCGAGCACCGCCAAUGCCCCGUUUGCCGGUAUCGCCAGCACAGAGAAGCCGUAUUUCGGCAUUCAAUUUCACCCAGAAGUCACGCAUACCCCACGAGGCACCCAGGUUCUCGGCAACUUUGCGGUCAAGAUUUGCAAAGCCCGGCAAGAUUGGACCAUGGAGAAGUUCGUGGACAAGGAAAUCGAGCGCAUUCGAGCUUUGGUCGGACCCAAAGGUCAGGUGAUUGGCGCCGUGAGCGGUGGUGUUGAUUCAACUGUCGCGGCAAAACUCAUGCAAGAGGCGAUCGGAGACCGGUUUCAUGCCGUUCUUGUCGACAACGGUGUCCUUCGGCUGAAUGAGGCCCAAACUGUGAAGGAGACGCUCACCAAGCACCUUGGAAUCAAUCUCACCGUCAUUGAUGCCUCCGAAUUAUUCCUUGGAAGGCUAAAGGGCGUCUCGGAUCCCGAAACGAAGCGCAAGAUUAUCGGGAACACCUUCAUUGAGGUGUUCCAGGACAAGGCCAAGGCGAUCGCUGCGGCUGCAGCAAACUCAACAAGAGCUGGUGAGAUUGAGUGGUUGCUCCAGGGAACCUUAUACCCAGACGUGAUCGAAAGCAUAUCAUUCAAAGGACCGUCUGCCACCAUUAAAACCCACCACAACGUCGGUGGACUCUUGAAAGACAUGCAUCUCAAGCUGAUUGAGCCUCUCCGUGAACUUUUCAAGGAUGAAGUGAGAGCCUUGGGGACAAACCUUGGCAUUCCCGAGGACCUUGUGUGGCGACACCCUUUCCCAGGACCCGGUCUUGCUAUUCGAAUUCUCGGAGAAGUCAACGAAGAGCAGCUUAAGAUUGCCCGUCAUGCUGACAAGAUCUUUAUUGAUGAAAUCGUGGCCGCCGGUCUCUACAGAAAGAUCUCGCAAGCCUUCGCAGCACUCCUACCAGUCAAGGCCGUCGGUGUCAUGGGAGACAAGAGAGUGCACGCACAGGUGAUCGCCUUGCGAGCGGUGGAGACAACUGACUUCAUGACCGCUGAUUGGUUUCCCUUUGAUGGCGAGUUCCUGAAGAGGGUGAGCAGGAGGAUUGUCAAUGAGGUUGACGGCGUCUGUCGGGUUCUAUACGAUGUCACCAGCAAGCCCCCGGGCACUAUUGAGAUGGAGUAG